CAGAGCACUUGGUCAUCUGCAUUCGGCAUGGGUCUCUGUGUUUGAGGAUUUCAUCAGGAUCAGGCUUUUCUACUCCAACAUUUCUUUAACAGUGUAUCGCCAUGUCAGGUACCAGCUGUCUGCUGUCUGAGGAGCAGUUUUUGUGCUGCAUCUGUCUGGAUGUUUUCACUCAUCCAGUCACUAUACCAUGUGGACACAACUUCUGCAAAAACUGUAUCACGCAGCACUGGACUAUUAACAGUUUUCAGUGCCAGUGUCCCAUGUGUAAAAAACAAUUUAAAACACGACCUGAGCUGUCUGUCAACACGUUCAUAAAUGAGAUGGCUGCUGAGUUCAGACAGUCAGCUGGAAAGAAAAGCAGCGGGCAAGUUGCCAAACCAGGGGAAGUCCCCUGUGACUUCUGCACUGGAACCAAACUUAAAGCUGUGGUGUCAUGCCUAACGUGUCGCGCCUCCUACUGCAGUGCUCAUCUAAAUCCUCACAUGACACCUGGCCCACUGAAAAGACAUUCCCUGAGUCAUCCUGUGGAGAACAUGGAGGCCAGGGUGUGUACGCAGCACGAUAAAACACUGGAGCUGUUCUGUAAGACUGACCAGACGUGUGUAUGCUCGGACUGCACUGUUUCAGAACACAUGGCACACAAUAUUGCUUCUCUGAAAGACGAAUAUGAAGCAAAGAAGACCGAACUGGCGCAGGAAGAGGCUGAAAUCCAGCAGAUGAUUCAGAACAGAAAGCUCAAGAUCCAGAAAAACCAACGCUUAAAAAUGAACAGUGAGAAGGAUGCAGAGAGAGAGAUCGCAGACGCCGUUCGUACCUUCACCGUUCUGAUCCAGAAGGCAGAGAGAGACUUGAACAACCUUAUUGAGAUGAUUCAAGAGAGGCAGAAGACGGCAGAGGAACAGGCCGACGGCUGUAUCAAAGAACUGGAACAAGAAAUCCAUGCACUUAUGAAGAGAACCGCUGAGGUGCAGCAGCUCUCGCGUACGCAAGACCAUCUUCACUUCCUCCAGAGCUUCACAUCCAUGGACGCUGCUCUGUGCACCAAGAACUGGACAGAAGCCAGCAUCCGUCCGCCGUCAUACGAGGGGGCUGUGUUGAACGCCGUGGCUGAGCUGGAGGAGGCGAUCAGCACAGAGAAGAACCACCUGGUUCAUGGGGCCAGGCUGAAGAGGGUCCAGCAUUACGCUGCGGAUGUGGUUCUUGAACAACGCACAGCUAAUCCCUGGCUCAUCCUGUCCGAUGACGGGAAACAAGUCAUGUGCGGCGAGGUGAUGAGGGACCUACCGGACAACCCGGAGAGGUUUUCUCUUUACGCCAACGUGUUGGCACAGCAGAGCAUCUCCUUUGGAAGAUUUUACUACGAGGUUCAGGUUACAGGGAAGACUGACUGGACUCUGGGAGUGGUCAAAGUGUCAGUGGACAGGAAGGGAACAAUCCCACUAAGCCCUUUGAGUGGCUACUGGGCUGUGGCUUUGAGGAACGGAAAGGACUACCUCACUCUUUCUACCCCCGUUGUCAGCCUCGGUCUAAACUUGAGGCCUCAGAAGGUGGGGGUGUUUGUGAGCUACGAGGAGGGUCUGGUCUCCUUUUAUGAUGUGGAUGCUGCAGUUCACCUCUACUCCUUCACCGACUGCUGCUUCACCGAGGCGCUCUGUCCCUUCUUCAGUCCGGGUCUUCAUCACGGUGGCACGAACUCCACCCCUCUGACGAUUUCACCUGUUGACCCCACCGAUUUGAUCUGAUCAGUCGUUUAAAAAAAAAAAAA